AUGCCACUGGCCACCACCGAUUACUUUACUGCUGCUUUCAUUCUCUAGCUAGUGUAGUAGCUAGUACUCAGUAUCGCUCGGUGCAUGGAUCCCAUCUCGCCGGGCUCCGACCCGGUCCUCUCGCCGGAGACACAGCCCUCCUCCCCGACCCCGGCCACCGACCCCUACCUCCCUCCCCCCUCGCUGCCGAGCCGGUACGAGUCGCAGAAGAGACGCGACUGGCACACCUUCCUGCAGUACCUGCGGAACCAGAGGCCGCCGCUCCCCCUCGCCGCCUGCGGCGGCGCACACGUCAUCGAGUUCCUGCGCUACCUUGACCAGUUCGGGAAGACCAAAGUCCACGUGGCCGGCUGCGCCUUCUUUGGCCGCGCGGGCCCACCGGCCCCCUGCGCGUGCCCGCUCCGCCAGGCCUGGGGCUCCCUCGAUGCCCUUAUCGGCCGCCUCCGCGCCGCCUUCGAGGAGAGCGGCGGCCGGCCCGAGGCCAACCCCUUCGCAGCCAGCGCCGUUCGCGUGUACCUGCGGGAAGUCCGCGAGAGCCAAGCCAAGGCACGGGGGAUCACCUACGAGAAGAAGAAGAGAAAGCGGACGGCGGAAGAGACCGGAGCCGAGGCUUCGACUGCCUCUUCCUCCUCCUCGCUGUCGUCCGCCAUGGCCAUCAGUACUGGCGCCGCGGAGGGAUGCUCCGUUGAUGUUCCGUCCGGUGGGUCAUCUUAGUUAAUCGAUCUACUUAAAUUGAUUUUCCCCAAUCCAUCGUUGAAGUAGUACUAGUAUUAAUCUAUUGUUGUUUCUUUCCUUCUUUGUUUUUUUUUUCUUUCUGUUUUAAAAUCUUUUUCAAAAAUUUUGUCACUUCAAUUAGUUUUAAUGAUUUUCAGACAUCAUGAGUAUGGUGGACGAUGCAUAAAAUAGGUAUUAUAUUUCCGAGUUUUGUUUCUUUGUUUCUUGAUGUAGCAAUUAACUCCCUCUUUGAAUUGCUUCCUUCUCAUUUUCCCAAAAUGAAGUCUGUGUUGUAUGUCUUUAAUUUUGAUUAGAUCAAGAAU